AAACUGUGUUGUCUCGAGGACUUUUCUCUAAAUUCUCUCUUUUCGGUCUUAACCUUCUAGAGUGAGAGAAGGCCGUCGUAGCCAGCAGAAAGAGAUAGAAACAACCUCGCCCCUUCCAAAGUCAAUACAGGCGACUCCCCCAUAAAACAAGCUAAAUUCUCUAAUCGAAGCAUAGACUUGUAAGGGAGCUCUUGACGGUUUCAGCUGAAGAGGGAAGAAAAGAAGGAAGUGGGUUGUUUCUGAUGAGUUCUAAUCCGGCAUCUUCCAGCGUUGACAUAGCUGGAUCGGGUGAUAAUUCUGGUGUCAGAAGGAAUACGAAGAGACCCAAGUAUUCAAAGUUUACACAGCAAGAACUUCCAGCAUGCAAGCCUAUUCUCACACCUCGCUGGGUGAUUUCAGCGUUUAUGCUUGUUAGCAUUGUCUUCAUCCCCAUUGGAAUUGCAUCGCUUUUCGCUUCCCAUGAUGUUGUUGAAAUUAUUGAUCGAUACGAGACUGACUGCAUUCCACCUGCGUCUAGAAAUGAUAAGGUUGGAUAUAUUCAAAACCCUGCAACAGAGAAGACAUGCAACAGAACAAUAACAGUUCAUAAGCGUAUGAAGCAGCCAAUUUAUGUGUACUAUCAGCUUGACAACUUCUAUCAGAAUCAUCGUAGGUAUGUAAAGAGCCGAAGUGAUACGCAGUUAAGAGGUACGAGUGGUGAGAAUGACACAGAUGCUUGUAAACCAGAAGAUAUUGUGAAUGGAUCGGCAAUUGUGCCUUGCGGUCUUAUAGCUUGGAGUUUGUUUAAUGAUACUUACGACUUUUCCCGCAACAACCAGCAAUUGACAGUGAACAAGAAAAAUAUCGCAUGGAAAAGUGAUAGGGACCACAAAUUUGGUAAAGAUGUUUAUCCUAAAAACUUUCAGCAAGGUGGUCUCGUUGGUGGUGCAUCUCUCAAUGCAACUAUCCCGUUGAGUGACCAGGAGGACCUCAUUGUUUGGAUGCGCACAGCGGCCCUGCCAACUUUUAGAAAGUUGUAUGGGAAGAUAGAGGUGGAUCUCCAUGAAAAUGAUACCAUACAGGUGAUGCUGGAGAACAACUACAAUACCUACAGCUUUAAUGGCAAGAAAAAACUUGUGUUGUCAACCACGAGCUGGCUUGGUGGAAAGAAUGACUUUCUUGGCAUUGCCUAUAUCACUAUUGGUGGGAUAUGCUUCUUUUUGGCAAUGUGUUUCACUGUUGUUUAUCUUGUUAAGCCAAGGCGUCUUGGAGAUCCGUCUUAUCUGUCGUGGAACAGAAACGCUAGCGGACACUAAACAAUUCUGUGAAGUGAAGUUAAUAGAUUUUGUUUGGCUUGCCCAUGGAAAACUGGUUUGAUGUAAUUGUAUUUGUAUUUAAAUGACUUAUCAUAUAUAUAGUCUUGAGUUUUGAGGAGUGUUUUUAAGUUUUGUACCACUUGUUAUAGAUCAGUAUAAUAACAAUAUGAAUGCUUUCAAUAUUACUGCUUGUAUUUCAGCAAUUGAUUCAGUACACAACAUCCUGCUUCUUUGUAUU